ACAUGCGACGGAUCACAAAUUUACAUAAUCGUAGAUUCGCAACCAACUUUAUUUAAUUCAAUCAAACACUCGAACAGACUGUGAACAAGUUUUUACUUGUCCUUGGCACAAAGUGAUAACUAUAUCUAGAUUAUGUGGCAAAUUUUCUGAUCAACACCAAGAAGAAUAAUACUGCCUUGAUAUAAAGACUAUAAAAGUUCUAGACUCUACAUCUCUUGAAACCGUUUCAUUGCUGACAAGCUCCGAUCUGGCUAACGGUCAAAACUGAGGACAGUCUAUCAAGUACUGAAGUCAAAAGUUUAGAUACGCUUUUAAUUAAACAGACUUCGAAACUACGUUUCCGAAAGAGGAAUCCGUGUCUAUUAAAAAAGACUGAUUGGUGAAACACUCGAUAGACGUAUUUGAUGUGGCUUUGAAAAAACAUCUUGAAAAAGACUCCACUGAAGAAGCCAUGUCGAAUUAUAGCGGUAACAGCCAAGCUCGAGUGCCAGUUCCUGAGUUUCACUUAUGGUACUAUAUUAUUGAAGGUGUCCUGGGUUUUUUAACCGUUAUAGGCAAUGGAUUCGUAGUGUUUCUUAUAUCUACGCGUCGUCAUCUUCAAGUAAACCAUAACUUCUACAUCGUCUCGCUAGCACUGGCUGAUUUUCUCCUGGGUAUUUCUCUACCAACCUUUUCGAUCCUCUGCUCGUACUGUAUGAAAUGCGACUGGCUUGCAUUCUACAAGUUUUUCAACUUUUUUGCCUUCAGCUCAGUCGCUAAUCUAUGCCUGAUGACCUUUGAUCGCUACUUUGCUAUAAUUUAUCCUCUAAUAUACAUCAAUAGGAUGACCAAGAAGGUCCUAAUUGCAUCUGUGGCGAUAGCUUGGUUCGUUACUGCCGUUUUAGCCAUGCUUCCAUUUAUAUGGAUGUACGAUGCUGACAAAACAAUCGUCAAGAAAUACAACGAUGCUUACUACCUGACUUUACUGGUUGUUUUUGAGCUUAUACCUCUAGUAACUAUGCCAAUAGCCUAUUUUAGAAUCUUUAACGUUGUGCGGAAACACUCGAUUCAAGUAACAACACAAAGAGACCAGCUAAGCUAUAACAAUCAUCAACUGGAGAUGAAAGAUUCCAAGGAAAGCACGACCUCGAGCAACGAAAAUCAUGGACGUAACGACGAAGGAAAAGAAACCAAGAAAAAAAAGUCAAGCAUCUUUCCGCUUGACAAUGAUGCCGGCCGUUCCUCAAUAAUAGUCCUUGGACUCGUUAUACUUCUAUUCUCAUUGUGUUGGGCCUACGAUAUUUAUAUCACAUUGUGCACAAGAGUCCAUUUAUGCCGGAUUACAAACGUCCAUGAAGAGGGAAUAUCAAACAUCCUUAUAUACCUCAAUAGCGCCGUUAAUCCGUUCGUGUACUUUCUGUUCAAGAAGGACGUAAGGAGAGAAUUGGGGGCUUGUUUGAAGAGGAUUUGAAUUGUUUGACGUUAAUGGAUCAAUGUUGACUAUAACCAUUAAUGCGCACUUUAGUGUCUAAAUAAUAAUUAAGAUGUCGUGACCAGAUAUAUUUAUGGGAUCUGAUGUCAUAUGCUUGAUGCAUUAGUUAUCAGACUGAAUGAUCAGGACCGGUAAAGAAUAGACUAGAUUCGUGGUGAAGCGAGGUUUUCUCAUACAGAAAACAUGUCAUUCCCUAGAGUAUGAUUUCUUUGUUAACGGUUGUACAUGAAAAGACACAUGAAUAUGAAUACAAUUCAAGCAAAGAUUCUUAUUCUCAAGAGAAUGACACGUGUUCUGAAAUGGUAAAACAUCGCACCACAACGAAUAAAUUCCAUUUAAAAAUUAUGCCCUCA